AUGGGUUUCUCCGACUUCCUUCAAGACGCCGUCUCCCAGGCCGUCAGCAACGCCGGUAACAACUCUGGCGGCAACAACAACAACAACAACCACCAGGGCGGUUCCAACCAGAGCUACGGAGGAGACUCCUACGGCGGAAACCAGGGAGGCUACAAUGACCGUCCUUCUCAAGGCAACCAAGGAGGCUACAACGAUCGUCCCUCUCAAAGCUACGGAGGUGACUCCUAUGGCGGAAACCAGGGCGGCUACAACGACCGCCCCUCCCACGGUGGAAACCAGGGCGGUUACAACGACCGUCCCUCCCAAGGCUACGGCGGAGACUCCUACGGCGACCGCCCCUCUCACGGCGGAAACCAAGGAGGCUACAAUGACCGUCCUUCUUAUGGCGGAAACCAGGGCGGCUACAACGACACCUCAUACACGCCCCACCCCCCUCCCACGGCGGCUACCACAACUCCAACCCCUCCUCGCAGGCACCACUCCGACUCCUCCUCCAACGACUCGUCCCUCUUCAGCACCGCCCUGAACUUCAUCAAGGACAAGCAAGGCCGCUCUUCCUCCCCGGACAUCGACGAGUCCGAGAUGGUCCAGUCCCACCAGCAGCUCUACAAUGACAACGAUAGCAGCAGGGCCCAUGAUUCGAACUCCCUGGGCGCUGGCGCUGCGAUGCAGGCUCUGAAGAUGUUUUCCUCGGGCCAGAGCGGUGGCUCUUCCGGCGGAGACCAGAAUGCCUUUAUUGGUAUGGCGAUGAGCCAAGCUGCUAAGCUUUGGGAUCAGAAGAACUCGAGUGGCAAGGUGACCGAUGAUAAGCAGUCGGCUGUGAACAAGGCCGCUGAGAUGGCUAUGAAGAUGUAUUUGAAGAACCAGGGCAGUGGAUCGUCUGGUAGCGGUGGGCCGGCGCUGAUGAACUUGGCUAGCAAGUUCCUGAGCAAGUAGAUUGGUUUAGGGGUUUAAUUUGUUUUCCUUUGUGAAUAUGGUAUAUGGU